AUGAAGAACGAGCGUGGAUACGCUGCAUUGGAAAUACCAGCUGCCACGCCGUUUCUGGCAUCGGAGGAAUGGAUGCGGCAAGCCAUGGAGCUUGCUCCAAUCAACACCGUAGCGCCCGCAACACCACCGCCCGUAUCUGAAGAGGUCAUGAUGCCGCCGACCCCGACAAGGCCACCGACCCCCACCACACCGCCAACCCCCACCACGCCGCCAACCCCCACCACGCCGUCGCAACCCCGUUAUAAUUUAAGAUCCGCCAGUAACCCCGUCCCAAACGUGAGACCCACGCAGAGGAGAACCCGACCAGUGCCCGUAGUGUUCAGGCCAGCUAACAUCGAAAUGCUGCGUCCUGAACACGCCAUCGAGCUAGCAGCACCAACAAUACAACCAUACGAAAUAAGAAAUAACGAAAUAUGUGGGUUUUGCUUAUCAUUUGUAGCACAUCGAGUGCAAUUUGCUUAG